AUGUUGGGAAGUCCAAACAAUGGCAGGCAGGCAGGUGAGGGUGGCCAUGUUGGGAAGUCCAAACAGCAGCAGGCAGGUGAGGGCGGCCAUGUUGGGAAGUCCAAACCACAGCAGGCAAUGAGUGCAGUUGGGGUGGAGUUGGGGGUGGAGUUGGGGGUGGAGUUGGGGUGGAGUUGGGGUGGAGUUGGGGUGGAGUUGGGGUGGAUUGCUCUGUGUCGUUGGGGCUGGGUUUGCAGUCUUUGUGCGGUGGGUGAAGGGCAGGUCCAGGUGCAGUGUCAUGUGUCCUUUUGUCUGGAGCAGCUCAGGAGGAAGACUCCGGUUUAA